GGUUUUCCCGGCUUUUCAUCAUGAGCUCCUGCGAUUCAAAUUCAAAACCGGUUCUCGUGUGAGUGAGCUCUGCAACACCGUGCCUAACCUCCAAGCUUUUCAUGGAAAUCGUCACAAAAAUAAGGCCCUAUGAUAAUACCCACCCUCUGUACCCGAUCAAACGAUCUUCUCCGUCACCCUUUCUCUCUCAAGAGCUCCUUUCUUCAACCUUUUCUCUCUCUACACACUCGCCUGCUUCUUCCUGAUGCGAAGAGCACUAACAACUCAAAACCCAAUCUUAUUCUCUCUCAUCCUCUUCUAUCACUCAUAGAGAGAUGCACAACCAUGAAUCAACUUAAGCAAAUUCAGUCACAAAUGAUCAUUACUGGCCUAAUUGCAGAUGGGUUCGCAUCGAGCCGGCUUGUGGCCUUUUGUUCUCUCUCUAGAAACCUGGAUCAUUGUAGAGCUAUCUUAAAUACAAUUGAGAAACCCAAUCUCUUCACUUUGAACAUUGCUAUACGGGGCUAUUCAUCUAGCCAUGAACCCAAUCAAGCAAUUCUUCUUUACAAGCAAAUGCUUGAAGAAGAGACAGUGCCCGAUAACUAUACUUUUCCCUUUGUUCUUAAGGCCUGUGCUCAGUUGCUUGAUUCAGAGGCCGGGAAAGGGAUUCAUGGUCAUGUUUUGAAGUUGGGUUUUGACAGAGAUAUCUUUGUUUGCAAUGCUCUGAUACACUUGAAUGCCAUCUGCGGAGAACUUGACGUUGCACGCAAGUUGUUCGACAAAAGUAUUUGUAGAGACUUGGUUUCUUGGAAUUCUAUGAUUAAUGGCUAUGUUAGAGGAGGGUUCUUAAAUGAAGCCAUCGAGUUGUUUAGAGAAAUGGGGCUUCAGAAUAUGAAACCCGAUGAGGUGACCAUGAUUGCCAUGGUCUCGGCCUCUCGUCAAUUGGGUGACUUAGAGCUUGGACAAUCUUUUCAUGACUUCAUAAAUAAAAAAGGUAUAAGAAUGACAGUGCCCCUGACCAAUGCUUUGAUAGAUAUGUAUGCUAAAUGUUGCUGUUUAGAGGUGGCUCAAAGACUAUUUAAUGAGAUGCCUAAGAGAACCAUAAUUUCAUGGACCACAAUGAUCGCAAGCUAUGCUAGAGUGGGCAUGAUGGAACAGGCUCGAGAGUUAUUGGAUGCGAUGCCUGAAAAAGAUGUGGUGCCUUGGAAUGCUAUGCUCUUAGGGUACUCACAGGGGAGGAGAGAGAAAGAGGCUUUCUCUCUUUUCCAUGAAAUGCAAGCAUCGGGUGUCAAGCCUGAUGAGGUGACCAUGGCGACCUUGCUUUCGGCUUGUGCACAAUUGGGUGCCCUUGAAAUAGGGCGAUGGAUCCACAAUUACAUUGACAGAAACAAGAUGGUUUAUAGUGUUGCAUUAGGGACUUCACUAGUAGACAUGUACGCAAAAUGUGGGAGCAUUAAAGAAUCGAUUUGUGUCUUUCGUAAAUUGCCCGAGAAGAAUGCUCUUACAUGGACAGCUAUGAUUGUUGGUCUAGCGACCAAUGGCCAUGGCCAAGAGGCCAUCUCUCACUUUUCUAUGAUGGUUAAUCUAGGAUUGAAACCAGAUGACAUUACCUUUGUUGGGGUACUAUCGGCUUGUUGCCAUGGAGGAUUAGUGGAUUCAGGCCAUAAAUAUUUCAAAGAAAUGGAUUCGAAAUAUGGUUUGGUUCCUAAGCUUAAGCAUUACUCAUGCAUGGUUGAUCUUCUUGGAAGGUCUGGCCUUUUGAGAGAGGCUGAAAGGUUUUUAGAGAACAUGCCUAUAAAGCCUGAUGCUGUGGUUUUGGGGGCCUUGUUUUUUGCUUGUAGGAUUCAUGGUAGCAUAGAGGUGGGUGAAAGGAUAGCAAAGAGGUUGCUUGAAUUGGACCCUCAUGAUUGUGGAAUAUAUGUGCUGCUAUCCAAUAUGUAUGCUGAGGCAAACAUGUGGGAUUGUGUCACAAGAGUUAGGAGAAUGAUGAGAGAAAGGGGGAUUGAGAAGACCCCUGGUUGUAGUUUGAUAGAGGUGAAUGGAAAUGUACAUGAGUUUCUUGUGAAGGACAAGUCUCACCCUAGAGCUAAAGAAAUAUAUGUUUGCUUGAAUGGAUUGGCAAGACAAUUAAGGAUGGCUGGCUAUGUGCCCCAAACUGGCUUUGUAAAUUAAUUGAAUUGAUAAA